CACGAACCUGAAAUGGCGGAACCUCUCAGCAUCGUAGCGAGCAUUAUUGCGCUUGUAGAACUCUCGAACGGUGUCCUCCGGCAGACCCUCGAUAUAUAUACCGCUGGACGGGUCCAAGACUGGGAUCGUUGUACGGGGAUUUCCCUUCAGAUCGUCGAUCUCAAUUUCUCCCCAGGCAUCGGGUCGAGACUUGUAAGGAGCUUAUACGAAGACCAGAACACCACAGAAGCCACUACGGAUGCUCUCAACAAUCUUCCCCGGCAACCAGACGAUUCUUGUCGACUAUACAUCGAACACGGCUUGGAGUCACACGAUUGUUUUAGGGAGCAUGUCGAUCAGUUAGUCCGCAGAGACGGACCAGUGCGGCUGUUUCGAAGAUUCUUUGCAGAGACAAACCUGGCGGAGUCGAGCCUGGUGGCUGGGUCCUUGUUCAACUUUCGAGCUCGAUCUGGAGCAACACCAUGGUUGGAACCUGGUGUAUACAUUUUCGGUUAUCCCAGCUUCAUCUCGUUCAAAUCUGAAGUACCAAGAUACGGAGCCGUUCGCAAGAUUAUACCGGCGGAGCGAAUCAAUGAGGUACUUCGUGGAUUAGCUCGUGCAAUUGUUGAUGGAGACGAUUCUUACGACGAUAACAAGGCAAACAUCACGACUAGGCCAAUGCAGUUGCGAAUUGUGAUGUUGCGCAUCUGUCACGUCAUUCUGCUGAAUUAUGCGGGCUUCCUCUCAUCGGUCGAGCGACUUCAUAGCACGUUCUUGCAGCACCUCUCGGAUCCGGCGAAUACAACAAUCACUGCGACGUUGCUCCAGGUGAUCUCGAAAGAUUCCUACUUCUGGGAGCAGAUCCACCACAUCAUUACCAUCUUCGUUGCGGCUGUUGGAUCUUUGCUGGACAUAUCACACCUGCUCGACGACCUACCUCAGGUCAAGAAGUUCCAGGGACUCCUUCUAGAAAUCCGUGGUAUCUGUACGGAAGUUGAAAGGACGACCACAUCAAUAUCGAACCGCCUCGAGGGCCGGCUGAAGUUUAUCGAGAUUGGUCGGAGCUUUCAUGAGUCUUCCAGCGUUCGGCUUCUGAGUUUACUGGCUGUCAUAUUCCUCCCACUGUCACUUGCGUCUUCCCUUCUGAGUAUGUCCACUCGGUUUGCAGACCUGCACUAUCUGCUGUACGAUUUCUUUGGAGUGAUCGUGCUCCUAGGUACCGUCACUAUCACCAUAGUAAUCGUCUUGAAACUCCUAAGUCGCGCUUCUGAGAAAGUCGAGUCCAAGGUUACCUCUGAUACGGGCCGGAAAAUAGUCAAGCAGGGCAUCGUCUUCAUGGUAGUGGUUCCAUGGGGGCUUAUCCUAGCUUCAUUCUUAGUCGGCAUGAUCAAAGAUGUAGGCUUAGGAUUGAGGGUUCUCGGCUACGGUGCUGCUGGAAUAGUGGGUCUGGGAGCUGUGGCAGCUUGUACUGUUGGAUUGAUGGUAUUCUUUGGGCUUAUUCUCUCUUUUUGA